AAGAAGUAAAAGAAUCUUUGACACAUUAUGUUAGCUUUACUAGCAUGCACUUACUUCUCAGACAGUCAUAGACACAAACACAAAGACAAAGAGUGAGAUUACCUUGAGAGCACAACAAGGACUGUUGACUAAAGACUGUAAGCCAUAGCAGUAGAAGAGAUGGUUGCCUGGUUGCACACAGCUCUCUGUUUAUGACCAAUUGCUUUUCCAUACUAAUGGUGAAAGAUGGAUUACUCUAAUCCUGACCAACCAGAUGGAUCUCCACAAAUAAAAAUGAGUGAAACCCACAAAAAGAGAUCAGACUCUCCUGUACCAAGCUGUAUGUCCAUGAAGAGUGAUGAGUCUAUGAUUUUACCACCAACGUUUAAAGAGAAACGAGAAUCCUCACCUGGAUACAGUGAAACCCACAAAAAGAGAUCAGACUCUCUUGUACCCAGCUGUGUGUCCAUGAAGAGUGAUGAGUCUAUGAUUUUACCACCAACAUUUAAAGAGAAGAGAGAAUCCUCACCUGGAUACAGUGAAACCCAGAUAAAGAGAUCAGACUCACCGAGCUGUGUGUCCAUGAAGAGUGAUGAGUCUAUGAUUUUACCACCAACGUUUAAAGAUACGAGAGAAUCCUCACCCAGAUACGGGCAACACAUUUGCAUGGAACUCAGAUACACUAAUAGCAGUAAACUCUCGGCAGGACCCAGCAGUGCCUCCAUGAGCAGUGAUGUGUGCACAGAACCUCCACCAGGAUUAACUAAUGAAGACUUCUCAUUUUCACACCAUGUGUGUGUGUGUGUGUGUGUGUGUGUGUGCAGUGAAACCCACAAAAAGAGAUCAGACUCUCUUGUACCCAGCUGUGUGUCCAUGAAGAGUGAUGAGUCUAUGAUUUUACCACCAACAUUUAAAGAGAAGAGAGAAUCCUCACCUGGAUACAGUGAAACCCACAAAAAGAGAUCAGACUCUCUUGUACCCAGCUGUGUGUCCAUGAAGAGUGAUGAGUCUAUGAUUUUACCACCAACAUUUAAAGAGAAGAGAGAAUCCUCACCUGGAUACAGAGAAACCCAGAUAAAGAGAUCAGACUCACCGAGCUGUGUGUCCAUGAAGAGUGAUGAGUCUAUGAUUUUACCACCAACGUUUAAAGAUAAGAGAGAAUCCUCACCCAGACACGGGCAACACAUUUGCAUGGAACUCAAAUAUACUAAUAGCAGUGACCUUCAGCGAGGGAGAGACAAAAUAGAGCAGAAGAUCAUAAUCACAGAUAAAGGGUGUAAGUCUGUAAACACUGGACCUCAUCUUCAGGAGAGAUGCAGAUUAAAUCUGAUAAAGAAGUUUCAGCAUGUAAAUGAGAUGAUUACAAACCAGAGAAGCCCAACACUUCUCAAUGAGAUCUACACAGAGCUCUACAUCACAGAAGGAGACAGUGGAAAAGUCAAUAAUGAACAUGAGGUAAGACAGAUCGAGGCAGCAUCCAGGAGAGCAGCAACAGAGGAAACACCAAUCAAAUGCAAUGACAUCUUUAAAACUUUACCUGAAGAAGACAAACCCAUCAGGAGCGUUCUGACAAAGGGAGUCGCUGGCAUUGGAAAAACAGUCUCUGUGCAGAAAUUCAUUCUAGACUGGGCUGAAGGGAAAACAAAUCAGGAUGUUCAUCUCAUAUUUCCACUUCCUUUCAGAGAACUCAAUCUGAUAAAGGAUCAAACAAUAAGUCUGAUGGAGCUUCUUCAUUUCUUUUUUAAAGAGAUGAAAGAAACAAACAUUUCCACUCUGCACAAAGUUCUGUUCAUUUUUGAUGGUUUGGAUGAGUGUCGUUUCCCUCUGGAUUUCCAGAACACAGUGAGAGUGUGUGAUGGAACUGAAUCAGCAUCAGUGAAUGUGCUGCUGAUAAACCUGAUCAAAGGGAAUCUGCUUCCCUCUGCUCUCAUCUGGAUCACCUCCCGACCUGCAGCAGCUGAUCAAAUCCCCUCUGAGUGGAUUAAUCGAGUCACAGAGGUACGAGGGUUCAAUGACCCACAGAAGGAGGAAUAUUUCAGGAAGAGGAUCAGAGAUCAGAGUCUGAGCAACAGAAUCAUCACACACCUGAAGUCAUUAAGAAGCCUCUACAUCAUGUGCCACAUCCCAGUCUUCUGCUGGAUUUCAGCCACUGUUCUAGAGAGAAUGUUGGGUGAAGCAGAGAGUGGAGAGAUCCCCAAGACUCUGACUCAAAUGUACACACACUUCCUCAUCAUUCAGACAAACAUCAUCAAGAAAAAGUACACAGAGAGCAGAGAGGCAGAUAAAGAAAUGGUUCUGAAACUGGGUAAACUGGCUUUCAGGCAGCUGAUGAAAGGAAACCUGAUCUUCUAUGAGGAAGACCUGAGAGAGUGUGGCAUUGGUGUGACAGAAGCAUCAGUAUACUCAGGUGUGUGUACACAGAUCUUCAGAGAGGAGUUUGGGCUUCACCAGAGUAAAGUGUACUGCUUUGUUCAUCUGAGCAUUCAGGAGCACCUCGCAGCUCUGUAUGUGCAUCUGACAUUCAUGAAUGAAAAGAAAAAUGUUCUUCAGAAAAAACUGUUUCCUAUAAUGUUUACAAUGCCCAGAGAAAUUACAGUGUUAGAUGUACACAAGAGUGCUGUAGAUCAGGCUUUACAGAGUGAAAAUGGACAUCUGGAUCUUUUCCUUCGCUUUCUUCUGGGUCUCUCCCUGGAGUCCAAUCAGAUCCUCUUACAAAUCAUCGUGACACAGACAGAAACUAGCUCCAACUGCAGACAGGAUACAGUUAAUUACAUCAGGAAGAUGAUUAGAGAGAAUCUCUCAACAGAGAAAUCCAUCAAUCUGUUCCACUGUCUGAAUGAGCUGGAAGAUCAUUCUCUAGUGGAGGAAAUCCAACACUACCUGCAAUUAAGAUAUUCAAAAAAAACCAAACUUUCUCCUUCUCAGUGGUCAGCUUUGGUGUUUAUGUUACUGACAUCAGCACAGGAACAGGAUGUGUUUGUCUUAAAGAAAUAUACCAACAAACACUAUACAUCAGACAAGGUUCUUCUGAAGCUCCUGCCUGUGGUUGCAGCAUCCAGAAAAGCUGAUUUCAAUAAUUGUAACUUAAAAGAUAAAGGCUGUACAGCUUUAGCCUCAGUGCUCAGCUCUGAAUCCUCCAGUCUGAGAGAGCUGGAUCUAUCUGAGAAUAAACUCAGAGACUCAGGAGUGAAGAGUCUCUCUGCUGGACUGGAGAAUCCUCACUGUAAACUGGAGACACUGAGAUUCUCCUUGGAAGUGACAUUUGCUAAGACUGCCUUUUGCAAGAAAAGCAUUAAGCUUCUGCAGAAGAUCCUCAUAAGCUCCAGAACAUCUUCUGUUCAUUAUUCAACCCCUGGCUUCCCUGACUGCUUAGGACUUCACCUCCUUUUACAGUUGUGUAGCUGUCGUUUCCCAGAUAAAGGCUGUGCUGCUGUGAUUUCAGCUCUGAAAUCAAAUCCCUCACACCUGAGAGAGCUGGAUCUGUCUGAGAAUAACCUCAGAGACUCAGAAGUAAAGUGUCUCUCGGCUGUACUGGAACAUCCUCAUUGUAACCUGGAGACACUGAGGUUGUGUUACUGUGGUGUCUUAGAUGAAGGCUGUGCUGCUCUGACUUCAGCUCUGAGAUCAAACCCCUCACACCUGAGACAUCUGGAUCUAUCUAGGAAUAAACUCAGAGACUCAGGAGUGAAGAGUCUCUCUGCUGUACUGGAGAAUCCUCACUGUAAACUGGAGACACUGAGGGUGAAGCUUUGUGAUGUCACAGAUGAAGGCUGUGAUGCUCUGACUUCAGCUCUGAGAUCAAACCCCUCACAAAUGAGAAAACUGGAUCUGUCUAAGAAUAAACUCAGAGACUCAGGAGUGAAGAGUCUCUCUGCUGUAUUGGAGAAUCCUCACUGUAAACUGGAGACACUGAGGUUGAAGCUUUGUGAUAUGACAAAUAAAGGCUGUGCUGCCCUAACUUCAGCUCUGAGAUCAAACCCCUCACACCUGAGAGAUCUGGAUCUGUCUAGGAAUAAACUCAGAGAUUUAGGAGUGAAGAGUCUCUCUGCUGUACUGGAGAAUCCUCACUGUAACCUGGAGACACUGAGGUUGUGUGAUUGUGAAAUCUCAGAUGAAGGCUGUGAUGCUCUGACUUCAGCUCUGAGAUCAAACCCCUCACACCUGAGAGAACUGGAUCUGUCUGAGAAUAAACUCAGAGACUCAGGAGUGAAGAGUCUCUCUGCUGUACUGGAGAAUCCUCACUGUAAACUGGAGACACUGAGGUUGCGUUAUUGUAAAAUCUCAGAUGAAGGCUGUGAUGCUCUGACUUCAGCUCUGAGAUCAAACCCCUCACACCUGAGAGAACUGGAUCUGUCUUGGAAUAAACUCAGAGACUCAGGAGUGAAGAGUCUCUCUGCUGUACUGGAGAAUCCUCACUGUAACCUGGAGACACUGAGGUUGUCUGGUUGUGAAAUCUCAGAUGAAGGCUGUGCUGCUCUGACUUCAGCUCUGAGAUCAAACCCCUCACACCUGAGAGAACUGGAUCUGUCUGUGAAUAAACUCAGAGACUCAGGAGUGAAGUGUCUCUCUGCUGUACUGAAGAAUCCUCACUGUAAACUGGAGACACUGAGGUUGUCUGGUUGUGAAAUCUCUGAUGAAGGCUGUGCUGCUCUGACUUCAGCUCUGAGAUCAAACCCCUCACACCUGAGACAUCUGGAUCUAUCUAGGAAUAAACUCAGAGACUCAGGAGUGAAGAGUCUCUCUGCUGUACUGGAGAAUCCUCACUGUAAACUGGAGACACUGAGGUUGUCUGGUUGUGAAAUCUCAGAUGAAGGCUGUGCUGCUCUGACUUCAGCUCUGAGAUCAAACCCCUCACACCUGAGAGAACUGGAUCUGUCUGGGAAUAAACUCAGAGACUCAGGAGUGAAGAAUCUCUCUGCUGUCCUGGAGAAUCCUCACUGUAAACUGGAGACACUGAGGUUGUGUAAUUGUAAAAUCUCAGAUGAAGGCUGUGAUGCUCUGACUUCAGCUCUGAGAUCAAACCCCUCACACCUGAAAGAACUGGAUCUGUCUAGGAAUAAACUCAGAGACUCAGGAGUGAAGUGUCUCUCUGCUGUAUUGAAGAAUCCUCACUGUAACCUGGAGACACUGAGGUUGCGUGAUUGUGAAAUCUCAGAUGAAGGCUGUGCUGCUCUGACUUCAGCUCUGAUAUCAAACCCCUCACACCUGAGAGAACUGGAUCUGUCUAGGAAUAAACUCAGAGACUCAGACAAGAAUCUGCUCUUCAGUCUUAAACUACAGAACCUGAGGGUGUGAAGAACUUCCACCAGAUACAGGCACCAGAGAAGAUAUGCAAAAGCAGAGAAAAUUAAGAACAUUUCCAUUUUUAUAUGCCAAAUAUUCUAGACUAGUUUAGGCUGGUCUAAACUGUAACACACUGCUAGACUAUACUCUGGAUGACUGUAAAUUGUCGUCUGCCAGCUGCCUUUUAUUGAGUUGCAGUAGAAAUUCAUUCAGUUGGUAGUCUAUAACUAAAGUCAAGUGUGAUAGCCUCUCCACCUAAUUUUCUUUGAGGCUAUAUUGUUGUUAAUGUUGUUGUGCUCCACCAACAUGUAGUCACAAACCGCUGUUGCAUGUGCCUGUGCUUGCUUGGCAUGAUUCUUCAUCAUUGUAGGACUUUAGAGUGCUGUUACAAGUAGUGAGUCUCUACACCCACCUGAGACCUGUCUAGGGUCGGACCUUAGAGAAUGGUUUAAGUAGUGUAAUGGUCUCAUGUAUAAAUAGGAUUUAUACAUGAGAAAAAAGAAAAUUAUGUGUUUAUCAAUUUCAUAUGCAGACACAAACACUUGUAAAUUGUAACGUACACCCAGAACUCAUAACUAGACCAAGAAACUUCUGAAAAACCCUUGAAUAACUCUAAGAUAGUACAUAUGUAAUAAGUUAUGUGAUAAGUUGAACAAAUAAAUAAGACUCUGUCUUGAUUGAGUGAUAGAGUCACAUGACAGAAGAUAUGGGCAGGACAUUGGAUUGUAAAUUAGAUAAAGUGUACAAUUAGUUAACUCUACUGUAACAUUAACCAGAACAUUAGUCCUGCCUUGAUGUCUGGAUUUGGUACAAUACAAUAGUGGAAAUAAAGCAGGAUUGUGGUACACUAAUGCAUUAGUUACACCAAAACACCAUUUUACUUAAAACACUUAUUCCAAUCUAUUGAGUGUAUUUAAAACAAAACAGUAUGCCAUCUUGGAAUUU